AAAACAAAGUUAAUGCGCUACGAAAAUUAAAUAUUGAAGCAAAGCUCGUCCUAAAAUUAGCAGGCGUUCCAUUGACCAGUUGUGUGUGUAAUUGAUUAUCGUUAUUGUUGCAUUCGCAUCGAAAUCGUAUCGUAUCGGUCAGCUGGCGUUCUUGCUGACGGACAAAGUUAAGAUGUCGGAAAACCCAAAAACAAGCAAAAACGGUCCUAGCUGCCUGCAUUGUAGCGCAUACGGUUCGAAAUUGAAAUUCCAGGAGAUAUUUGAUGAAUUUGGCCUGGAACUGGGACUCCAGCAGCUGCUGGCGAAACACUUCAACUUGGAUGUGAAGCCUAACACAAAGCAGCAACUGAUCCUUUGCGGGGAGUGCGUAAAUGUUCUGAUCCGUUUAUUUGACAUUGACGAGCUACAACAACAGCAAGAUGCUGCGAUUGCCAAGAAAGAGAACGCUGCUGCACAGGUUUCUCCCGGCGCAAAGAGUGCAUCCAAGACGCCUCCACAGGCGGCCAAGCCUGUGGCCAGGAAGGCAACGCCGCCGCAGCCACAAGGUAAAGUGGGGAAGCUUGUGCCGGUGGUCACUUUGAGGGAACGCAGCCGACGUAUAAAUAAAAUUUCGUCCGUGGCACUGGCUUCUACUGCCUCCGUAGCAGCCGUAGUUGAAAAAGUCACGGCCCCAUCCAAAACUACCGUGCAGGCGUCUUCUCCCACUACAAGAGCUAAGCGUGCUGCGAAGGACGCAGACCAGGAGCAGAUUAGUGCCCUCAUUCUCAAUAUUCUAAACGAGGAUGAACCGGACGUGGAAGAUGAGGUAGAAACCGCUGCUCCCGACUCUCCCCAAUCGCCUGCUGCAAAGACAAGUCGAACAACAAUUGAUGUGCCAGAGGAUGAAGCGGGCGGGGAGGCAGUGACUGAAGAAGAUCUAGAUGGAGUGCAUAUUAUAUACGAGCAUGAGGAUAUUUUACUUGAAGAGGAGGUAAAUACAAAGCCAGACAUCCGUCAAUCCAGACUAAAAGUGCAGAAAACGGAAAGCCAGAGCGAGGCAGAAAACGAGGAGAGCGGGACCAGCAAUAUUGUCGUCUUUAACUUUGUCGAGAUCAAAGAAAAGGAUGAUAUUGACGACCUAUACGAAUACUUGGGCACGGUGGUGAGGACCAGCUUCCAUAAGCUAACCUUUGACUGGAGCACUGUCUGCAAACUGUGCACAUUUAAGUCCUCUACCUACGAGGAUCUGCUGGGGCACAUGCUGAAGGUGCACAAGUCCCAGGCGGACGUCUUUCAGUGCCCAAUCGCGGGCUGCAGCAGGGAGCUAAAAGGAUGCAAACUUCUGGCCAUGCAUUUGGUGGUUCUACAUGCACCUGUUGCUGAUAUUCCCAUUUACGGCAGCUGUCCGGAAUGCAAGAUGACAUUUUCAAAUAUUUUGCAUUACAAUAAACAUUCGUGUGCGCAUAUCAUCAAAAAGAAACGAGGCGUUCGUUUGUAUUGCGAAAUGUGCGCUAUCGAAUUUCCCUCCUGGAAGCGCUUUAAUUUUCACAAUCAAUUCCAUUUGGAAAAGCACCGGCCGCGUGCGUGCUUUGUCUGUGGCUAUGAGAACACCAACAUUGACGAACUCUUCCAGCAUUUGCACUAUUCCCAUGAGCCAGAGGGCACCCGCUUCUGUGAUCUUUGCGAUCGCACUUUCCGGGAUCCCGAUGUCUUUUCGGAGCACAACUCUUCGCAUGCGAAUGUGAGCAACACCAUCUACACCUGCACCGAAUGCUUGGCUAGCUUCGAGACUCGCGGCCGACUGAAUGGCCACAUGAGAACCAUGCAUGGCAAUGUCAUCAGCUGUGAGCUUUGCUCCCGCGAGUUUGCCUCUGAGACCACCUACAACGUCCACAUGAAAUCCCAUUUGAUUAUCGAACGGGAAGUUCAUGUCUGCAGCAAUUGUGGCCAGCUGAGUGAGAACCAAGAGAAAAUGAACGAUCACUUGGGGACCGAGGGCUCUGCCUGCCUUGGGGCGGAGAGUUGCGUGGAACUGCUACGCGAUGCCUAUGUCUGUGAAUACUGCACAACGUACUUUAAGCAGAAGUCAGACUUACAGGCCCAUCGCGAUACCGGUGUACACAACAAUGGGAUAUUUUGGUGCCAGCCUUGCGAAAAGGAAUUCACCGACAUGAAAUUGUAUCGCCACCAUUUGCGCAACUAUCAACAGCUGCGAAUAGAUGUAACACACCGGAAGCUGGACAUUUGCACCUUCUUCAUGUGCGAUCAGAAGGACUGCUCGGCGGCAUAUGCGAACUGGAACUCAUUGUAUACGCACAAGCGGCGCACUCACGAUGCGCCCGACAAGCAGCAGGAGAAAUUAGCCAAGCCUUUGCAGGAAUGGCAAUGCCAAUUCUGUUUGAAGCUAUGCCGCUCCAAAAUGUCCUUAUCCGUCCAUGUGGCUCGGAGCCAUAAUAAUGACAAUGUGGUCUGCUCACUGUGCAACGCCUCGUACAAGAGCAAGGAAGCCCUGGCCAGCCACCAUGACUACUGGCACGAGCCCAUCGAGUGUCCGCAGUGCUUCAAGAUAGUCAAGAAUCGGCGCAACUACGACACCCACGUGAAUGUGGUGCACUCAAACAAAAAGCGCUACGCUUGCAGUGUUUGCCAGAAGGGCUUCUACCACAAGAGCGAGAUGGAGGCUCACAAGAGGCUCCAUUCCCAGUCGUACAGUUGCGAGCAGUGCAGCUUCACUACCAGGAACAAGAAGUCACUGUCUGUUCACACCCUGGGCCAGCACUUCAAGCGAUUCGCCUUCGACUGCAAGAUAUGCGGCAAACACUUUGGUCGACGCCAGGGACUGACCAAUCACAUCCAGCGUGUGCACGCCUCCAAGCAUGUGUGUCGUAACUACAUUGAUGACGGCUGCGGACGCUCGUUUACCACCAUUUCGCAGCUAAACAUGCACUUGCGCAAGGUGCACAACUCCACUAUAGUAGCCGACGAUGUGGUCGAAGAAGAGGCAUUUGCCAUCGCAAGGCCGUCGUCAGCGAAGAAACGUUGCUUUGGAAUUGGGCAAGAUACCAAAGAAGAGUACAUAGACGACGAUACGAUGAAAGACGCGGAUGAGAACGUUGACGAGGAGGUGGUGGAAGAGGAUGUGGUGGAGGAGGAGGGGCAGGAGGGUGAAUGUAAGCUGGAGUUUACCGAGGAUGAGGCAGAGGCAGACCAAAAACCGAAAACGAUACCCAUAUCGAACCCGAAACCUGUCUCAGCCACAAAGCAUGUAAGAAAACUCCGUUCGAAUGAUUAGCCAUUUCAUUGCUAAAGCAGAUUUAUUUAAUUUGAUUUUCGUUCAUUUUGCUAUCCAUAAUUUGAACACAGAGAUGUCAGAAAAUGACAUAAAUAUGUAUUCCAUAGUACAUAAUACAAUUCUAAUGAUAAUGUAAUAGCUACUCGUACAUUUAGGCUAACUCCAAUGCAAUAACUAGCCAGAGUCUGGCGGAAGCAAAUUUGAUUUAUUAAGCGUUGUAGUUUGGUCAUUUAACUGUUGAAGAUUGUGUGCGGAGCUUACCUAUAAAAUACAUAAGUAUAUCGGGUAUAAAAAGUGUCAGUCACGAGAAAAGUCAACAGAUAAUUCGAA